AUGCCACUGAAGGUGACAGACUACCAUGUGAGGUGUUCUGUCAUGUCUCGCUACUCCCACACCACCAUCCAGAGCUCUGUGUGGAACCAGCUAGCUGUCACCAAGGAGGCAGCCUUUGAGGUGGACCUGCCCUCAGCAGCAUUCAUCUCCAACUUCACAAUCACCUCCAAUGGCAAAGUGCACAUCGCCCAGGUGAAGGAGAGGAGUGCCGCCAGGAAGAUCUAUGACGCAGCCAAGAAGCAAGGAAAAACAGCUGGACUCGUUGCCACCAAGGAGCGGGAGAUCGAGAAGUUCCGCAUGGCGGUGAGUGUUCCCUCUGGAAGCCGGAUUUCCUUCUCGCUGUCCUACGAGGAGCUGCUGCCUCGCAGGUUGGGUCGCUAUGAACUGAUCCUGGGCCUGAGGCCUGGAGGACUGGUCACUAAUCUCACCCUGGAUGUCAGCAUAGCAGAGAGGACAGGACUCAGCUUCAUCAAGGUCCUCCCGCUGAAGUCUAGCCGACGGCUCUCCAACACUGUCACAGGUGAGACAGAAGCCCCAGCCUCCACUCAGAUCCAGCAGAACCCUUGUUGUGCCCGUGUUCAUUACAACCCUAGCCUGCAGCAGCAGAGCAGUGUCUCCUCUAAGGGACUCAACGCUGACUACAUCAUCCAGUACGAUGUAGAGCUCAGUGACCUCAUGGGAGACAUCCAGGUGUUUGAUGGAUACUUUGCCCACUACUUUGCACCUCGGGGGCUUCCUGUGGUCCCCAAGGAUGUCAUCUUUGUCAUUGAUGUCAGUGGCUCCAUGAUUGGCACCAAGAUCAAACAGACAAAGCAGGCAAUGUCCACUAUCCUGGGAGACCUUCGUGAAGGGGACCACUUCAACAUCAUCACCUUCUCAGACAAGGUCCUCACCUGGAAGAAGGGUCGCACAGUGAGGGCCACGCGGAAUAACGUACGAGACGCUAAGGAAUUUGUCAAGAGGAUCAUCGCUGAGGGAUGGACCAAUAUCAACGCGGCCCUCCUCUCAGCCGCCCAACUGGUCAACCCCUCCGCCUCUUCCCCCUCCUCGUCCUCUUCCGGUGGCUUCCGCCGUGUCCCUCUGGUCAUCUUCUUGACGGACGGUGAAGCUACCAUUGGCGUGACGUCCGGUGACUCUAUCCUUAGCAACGCUAAGAGCGCUCUGGGCUCCGCCUCUCUGUUUGGCCUGGCCUUCGGAGACGACGCCGACUUCCCCUUGCUGCGGCGCCUGGCACUGGACAACCGUGGCAUGGCGAGGAUGGUGUACGAGGACACAGACGCCGCACUCCAGUUGAAGGGAUUCUACGAUGAGGUAGCCAGCCCGCUACUGUCAGACAUCCAGCUGACCUACUUGGACGACCAGGCCUUCGACAUCACCCGCUCCUUCUUCCCUAACUACUUCCAGGGCUCAGAGCUGGUGGUCACUGGGAAGGUCAAGCCAGGAGUCAGGAAUCUGAAGGUGUCUCUGACGGCCAGUGACUCAAAGCAGAAAGUGAAGGUCGAGAAUGACGUGUUGGUGUCUAAAGGAGAGGAGAAUGGGACAGCCUCCUCCAUGGACUGCCCUGGGGGCAUGGGUGGGAUCUCCAGCUUCGUACGUCGUCUCUGGGCUUACUUCACUAUCAAAGAGCUGCUGCUGGCCAAACUGAACAGCACCGACCUGGCCAUGCAGAAACUGCUGGGCGAGAAGGCAACCAACCUCUCCCUCAAGUUCAACUUUGUCACGCCUGUUACUUCCCUUGUUGUAGUCAAGCCUGAUGCAGAUGAAAUUCCUACCACAGCGUCAACUACGACAGCUCAACCCGCCACCACAACCACCACCAAGCCCACCACCACCAACACCACUAAUAGAGCUACUACAACAACCACAGUUGCCCACACUACUGCCACCGAAAUAGCCUCCCCCAUCCCUGUGAAAAAGCCCAGGAGUAACGAAGCUAAGCCAGACCCUCUUGUCACCAAGCAUCCACCUCCCCAACCUCCACCUCAACCCAGAAAGGCCUCCACCCCACCCAGCCCAGCAAAAACAGUGGCUCCACCAUCCCCCAAGAAAACCACUAAGACUAGCACCCCCAGCCCCAGUGCCGCCAAAACCGUCCAUGCCCCUCUCUCAGGAAAACCCCCCACCCCUCCUCCCAGCUCUCCUAAAACUGCCCCUGCCCCUCCCGCCAGGAUAUUCUCUACCCCCCUGGCCAACUCGCUCAAAACAGCUGCCGCUCCUGCACCUGGGAAAACCACAACCACCCCUCCACCCAACAUAGUAAAGACAGUCCCUACCACAUCACCCACCACAGUUAAGACUACAGUUCAUACAACUGUGAAAACCACCACGUCCACUACCACCACCACCUCAGUCAGAACCGAUCCAACCCCUGCUCUACAGCCUUGGAAACCCGCCACGCCCCUUCCAAUCUCUGUUAGAACAGUCCUCCCUCCAGUUAGAAUAUCCCUCUCCUCCUCCUCUUCAGAGAAUGCCACCAUGUCUGCCACUGAUGCCCAUCCACCUCAGGUCACCACAUUCCUGUACAGUGUUCUGUCCGUCUCCCCUACUCCAGCUCCACAGGGCAGUAACACAGACCCAGUUUCAGACGUGGACCAGAUUGCCACCUUUGUCUCUGCCACAUUUGCCCCCAUGCCAGGCAUCACAGAUGGGCCUAAACUGUGGGAGGCUGCAGGACUAUUGGAUGUCUCCACUUCCAUCCAGAUCCAUAGAAAAGAUAUGGACCUAGUUAAAGAUUAUGAUGCAACCUACGACCAAGACUACGACCUCAACUAUGAUUCCUUGCCAGGCCCCACCUCCAGACUGAGUUCUGUCAGAGUCUUCUCCUCUUCUGUUGAUGGAGACCCUCAUUUUAUGGUCCAGCUCCCCAAACUGAAACAGAAUCUGUGUUUCACGGUGGACGGCAGGGCCAACGACGUACUGAGACUGCUGGAAGACCCAGAGAGAGGUAUCACGGUGGACGGUCAUCUAAUGUGGGCUCCGUCCAAAAAAGACAUAGAGGACCGCUCCCGUACUUACUUUGACAAGAUAACCAUCUCCGCUGCCAUGGGCGGGCAUGGCGGGCUGGGUGGCAUAGUGAUCACACUCUCAUUGGACGCCGUGGUGGUGGAAGGGGAGGGACGGGACACCCUACCCACUAAUCUGCAGGGAUCUGUAACAAGGCAGGGCGUGGCGGUAUCCAUGGACACCACAGAUGACAUCCAUCAGAGCUGUUGGAUCGAGCUGGCGAAGGAUAUUUGUUUCCUGGUUCUGUUCCACCACUACAAACAGCCCAGCUACCUGCAGAUGGCGCAUCUCGGGUUCUAUAUCACUGAUGGACAAGGCCUCUCUCCUUCAACCCAAGGCCUACUGGGCCAAUUCCAGCAUGCGGACAUGAGUGUGACGCCGGGGGUCCUGUCCAGGGGGGUGCUGAGGUGGGGGGCGAUACACGUACCCAUCACCCUACAGGACAAGACCCUGAAGGACACAGUGAGGAAACGUCACCUGGGCAGGUGUUGGAUCGUGCCCAAGGCACAGGUGGAGAAACUGUUGGGUCAUCCAUACCAGAGCUACGUGGUAGAUAACAUGUAA